CCUUGUUCACCCCAAUCUUUGCCUCUCCCAUCCCCCCCAACUUCUCCCCAACUUCUCCCCAACUUCUCCCCGCGUCCUCCCCAACUUUUGCCCUCAUCCUCCCCUCGUCCUCCCCUCGUCCUCCCCUCGUCCUCCCCAACUCCUCCCCAACUCCUCCCCAACUCCUCCCCAACUUCUCCCCUCGUCCUCCCCAACUUUUGUCCCUCAUCCUCCCCAACUCCUCCCCAACUUUUGCCCCUCGUCCUCCCCAACUUUUGCCCCUCGUCCUCCCCAACUUUUGCCCCUCGUCCUCCCCAACUCCUCCCCAACUCCUCCCCCCAUCCUCCCCAAACUCCUCCCCAACUCCUCCCCUCGCCGCCUCCAUUUCUCCCCCGACACCACAAAAACCCCCAAACCCCAAACCCUUUCCCUUCCUUCUCUCCCCCAGAAGCGACGCUCGAACCGCCAAGUCAAACGCAAGAAAUACACCGAGGAUUUAGACAUCAAAAUCACCGACGAUGAGGAAGAUGAAGAGCUGGACGUUACGGGACCCGUGCGUUCCGAGCAGCCCCCUGCCCCACAACCCCCAGCCCCAGAGCCGGAGCCAGAGGGCGAAACGUUGCCCUCCAUGCAAUUUUUUGUGGAGAAUCCCAGCGAAGAGGACGCGGCCAUCGUGGACAAAGUCCUGUCCAUGAGGGUGGUCAAAAAGGAGCUCCCGUCGGGGCAGUUCACGGAAUCGGAGGAGUUCUUCGUCAAAUAUAAGAAUUAGUGAGUGCUUGUUGCACCCCAGGAGGUUCUCUGGCCCUCUUUGAGGUCUACGCAUCCAUUUGGGGUCUUCAGGUCCCUUUAGGACCCCCCA